AGUGCUCAUUGUAGAAUAUAAUGUUUUAUAACAUUAAAUCUCUUUUGGAUUUGAGGGAUUGAUGGAUCUUUCCCACAUAAGCAAUAUGAGAUUACUAUAUAUAUAGCAUUUCGAAAUAAGUUUUUAUAUGCAAAAUUUCCAGUCUUUUAGUAGGACUAUCGACGGAACAGCAUCAUAUAGCAAAAAGUUGAUUGAGAAACUUUUUCAGCGUUUUGAUAAGAGAUAAGAGAUAUGUAUGUAGUUCUUGGAGCUUGAUAACCUUCUGUAAGUAUAAAGAACGUUUUUUACAGCAUUUGUUAUCUGAAACAUAUAAAAAUAUGACCAACAUCAUAAAUGAAUACAUUUUAUUACCCAAACUGGUUGGCCUAACCAUAUAUGUGUCGGAGUUGAUUGGCCUAAACAGUAAUAAUGCAAAUGAAAUGGCAUUCUUUCGGAUAUAUUCAUAUUCGUUUCGGAACUAAGAAUCGAAGAACUGGAACUAACAUCAAGUGCAGUCAUAAAUUAAUGUGGUUAGCUAAACAAACAGAGUGUUGGCUAUUAGCGCGGAAAUGGAUGAAUGGCCAUCGUGGAAUGAAGCGUCAAGCGACACGACUCCAAGCCAAUCGGAGGCAGUCCAAGCCAAGCCGAGCCAGGCCAGACCAAGCCACGACUGAGCAACAAUAGAGUCGUGCUUUGUUUGUUUAUGUUUAUUGAUUGUUCAGCUUCUUCGCUCAUCGAUGACUAGGCUAGAUAUACGACUACGUAUAAAGUGGGUAAGACGCGCUCGCAGAGGCCGCAGUAGGUUGGCUAACUUUGAACCUCGCAGAGCUCGGAUCGCGUCCAUCGUCGCGCUGUGUGUAAACGAAUAAACGAACGAACAUAUAUUUGGAUUAACUAGAGAUAAUUAUAUAUUAUAAUUUAUCAAAUUUACAAGUGUUUGUCCACUGUGUGCCACGCUCGGCAGAUAUGCGAAAUUUUCUGUUGAUCACUUGGCUGUGCCUGGCGCUGCUCGGGAGUCAGCUGGACGCCAGACUGGUGCGGGUGCGUCGCAUACGCCGUCUGGUGGGCCAGAGCGAACGCUAUGCCCAGAUUACGGACUAUCGGGUGUCGCCCCUGGACGAGACGGGCAUCUUCAAGUUCGCCUUCAAGACCAGCAACGGCAUCAAUGUGCAGACAGCGGGCAGUGCCCUGGAGACCAUUGGCAUCUUUAGCUACACCUCGCCGGAGGGCGUGCCGGCUCGGCUCGGCUUCCAUGUGGUGGGCAAGCACCUGCCCCGGCCGCCGCCCACGCCCAGCUACAUUCUGCGCGCCCUGGAGUACAUACGCACCCACAACGAGGAUGGCAGCCCGAAGGCCCCAACACUGUGAAACACGUCGUAGCUUGUAAUCAUUCAGAAGAAGGCUGAUAAUACCGUGUAGUAACCUGCUAAUAUCUACUGUUAGUUCUCGUAUAGCUUCUAGAUCGUGUCACCUGUUAUAAAUCAUCUCAUCUGCUCCUUCACACACCUUCACAACUCUUACAUCUAUAUAUAACUCCAAAAAUAUAAUCAAAUUAAUCAAAAUCUUAUGCGUGUUUCAGUUUUGGUCUGAUGACCCCAACAAAUCAGCUCUUGUUACGAGAUUAGCCAUAAAAACUGUUAAUAUGAUAAUCAAAUCAGCUUUUUUUUUGUUAUUAAUAUUAAUGCUCCUACUCAGAAAUCGAAAAUGAGAUUCUAUUUCGAUUGGCUUUACAGUUCUUUCCGGGUACUAAAGUAGUCAGUGAGUAUAAUGGAAUGAUAUGUGGUCUUUGAUUGCUUCGAAAUAUUUGUCAAACUAGUUAGCAACUUGGGUUUAUCGCGAGCCAUGAAGCGUGUCUUCUAGUCUUAAUUAUCGGCUAAUUCUUAUUUUUUUUUUGGGGAUAAAUCAUAUUAUUAGCAAAGGCUUAUCAUUAGGAAUCAACAUUUAAGUUAAGAAUGCAUACAUAAUUUGUUUAUUUUUAAAUUCGCAAAUCUCUUGAGUUUUUUUAAAGCAAAGACUUGAUUCGCACAGUAAGAGAGAGGGGAAAAGAGAGAGAGAGAGAGAGCAUAUAGAGAGCGAGUACAGAUAGAGGGAGAGGGGGCAUCGGAGUACAGCUAGAGGGAGCGCAACUAGAGGGAGCAUUGCUAGGGGAGCACAGGAAGAAUGAACACAGGUUGAAGCAGCAUAUGAAAAGCGAGCAUUGGUUACAGGGUACAAGUAGAACCCUCGUAGACAGAGGGGGCAUAGGAAGAUUAAAAGGCAUAGCCGCUUUCCAUAUUCAGGUAUUGCUUUUAUUACGUAUGACUAUAGAAUACAUUCAAAAAAUCUAAGAUAUCUCUUUGCCAACCAAUAAAAAUCAUUUACCAUGAGUAAUAAAGUUUAUCCUCUUGUUUUAUAUAGCAUCCACUUUAGCUUUUCUCUAUUUUCUUAGAAUUUUCUUUAAUUAUGGAAAUCGAAUAAAAUAUGUCGUAAGAAACAUUUCCCUUAUUUAAGACACAAAUACCACAAGAAUUAAGUUUUAUCCGCUUGUUUGAUUAAUAUGUCUUCAACAAAUACAUCUACAUAUACACUAUAUAUACAUAUA